AUGAGAUUCUCUUAUAAUGGACUGUCACUAGUUCAUCUUGCUACCAUCUCACUUUCACUCCUUCCCAAUUUGAUUACAGCUCAGCAAGCAUCUGAUCCCAGAAGCUAUGCCUCAGCCAUCAUUGAUUCAAAUUAUAUCUACAUUAUUGGUGGAUCAACAACCACCUUAGAAGUUCCUGUCCUCAACAUUAGCAACGGCAUCGAUAUUCAAAAUCCACAAUGGCUCGAAAGAAGCCGAGCAUCCAGCGACAUUUUGAGACCGUUUGAGAAAGGUGUUGCUUUCAAAGGUGCUGGUGGAAAAGUAUUUGUUCAAGGCGGUAGAGGAACAAGCACUGAAAUGCAAAAUCUGAUGUCCUAUACACCUGCUACUGAUGGCUGGAGUAUUCCUUACCAAGAGGCUGUUGAUAGACCAAAGCCUAGCUAUAUGAUGUCUGCCACUGUUGAUCCAGCUUCCAAUAUUGCAUACUACUAUGGAGGCACUCCAAUUGAUUACGUUGGCUCAUCCUUUUCCGCCGUCUUCACAAGCUUUGAUACAAAUACUGGCAUUUGGAAGAAGCUAUCGCCAAAGUAUCCCAACGCUGUCCGUCCCGGUCGAGUAUCACAUAGCUCCAAUAUAGUUAAUAACCAAUUAUUUAUCAUGGGCGGUGUAACAGACGAUGCUAAUGCUACAACUCAAGGUGUACAAGCAGAUUUCGAAAGUGUUCUAGUGUAUGAUAUUAACAAGGAUACUGCUGUUGCUGUUGCUACACUGGGUGACAUUCCACCCAUCAAACAAUCAUUCUCUACCGCUUUGGGCCUCGAUGGCCAUUCCAUUGUCCUUUUCGGUGGCUAUACUACUACAAAUGAAAAGGUCUUUGAAGCUGCAAACAACGACGUUUAUAUUCUUGAUACAUGUACCCUGACAUGGAGAAAACAAUCCGUUGGAGGCACUUCUCCUGGGCCCAUUUACUCUCACAAUGCCAUCAACAUCAAUAAUUACAUGGUAGUCAUGAUGGGAAAAGUGGAUGAAACCAACUACAAUCAAAAAGUGUACAUUCUCGACAUGAAAAACUGGAAAUGGGUCAACAGUUUUGAUGGAGCCAGCUUAACCGACACAAUCGCACCUGGUUCAUGCACAUUUGACUUGCCUAGCACAGAUUCUACCAACUUUUAUCAGUUCAACUAUGAUUACAGUGUCAUUGAUAAUCCUCUCCGUCCCAAAAAGUCGUCCAGCAAGGCGAAAGGAUUUGGUAUUGGCUUUGGUAUUCUUGCCUUGAUUUUGGUCGCAGUGGGUGCAUUCUUCUUUAUGAGACGUCGUCGCAAUAAGAAGUCUAGAAGAACAUUGAACCCUCGCUGGAUGCGCAAUGUGCCCUCUCACACCAACAAUGGCGGUGGUGCUUACGGUGAUGACCGCGAUUAUCCACUAUUCGUUUACAACAAAGAGUUGGAUAAUGAUAACAUCAAUAACCCCAAUAUCAAACAGCAAAAUACAUUUGCUCCUAAUGGCGUACGCACCUAUACUGCCUCUGAUCACGAGCAAUGGGAGCAGCAAUUGAACCGUGAUGCUGAAAAUCCUCGUAAUGACCAGACCAGCCUCAAUCGUCAUAGCGAUAUUUGGAAGCGUAUGCGUGGACUUAAUGAUGAAGAGCAUGCUUCAGCAGCAACACCAAACCAAAACAAGCUUUUGGAUGUUUAA